GCCGAGAAUGUUGUCGGUGCGGUUUUCGAGGACACGAGCCGCAUCCCGCUGUCCCAGAUGCCGCCAUUUGCCGAGUACGAUGACGACCAGCCCCUGCCGAAAUGGAUGCUCGGUGACGAAAUGGUCAGUGGGUGGGUGGGGGAGGGGCCAGCGCCGCCAAGGAAGCGCUCAUGCCUUUGUUGCUCUUGUCCGUUGCCUUUGUCGGCUGCACAGCUAGUCGAUACUCAUCGCCCUCAGCGCGACAGUGCGUCGGGUGCAGAGGAGGCGCAUGAGUCGCGGGCGGCCGACUUCGCCGAGCGGCCCUUCCAGCACCACGAGCGCGUCUACCGCAUCGGCAUGUCCUCCUGCCGGACGACAGAGGAUGUUCGCGAGAGCAGCGACCCCUCGAGCGGCGGAGCGGCGCGGUGCGAGCGGUACUUCUUCGAUCGGCCGGUCAAGCAGGAGGUGGCGCCGCUGGUGCGGGUCAAGGAGGAGCCGGAAUGGUGA